GGCUACUGUGUUACCAAAAUGUUUCUGUGAUGCAUACACUUUUCUGUAUUUCUUUGGGGGUUUUUUUGGUGUUCAAGGACAAUUUUAUGUGGCUAGGACAAAGUUAUUAAUUUUCCAAUUCAUUUUCUCCAUUUUCUGUUGCCCAUUCUGUACUUCACUCAGGGAUUCCUCUGAUAAGAUUGUUUGUUAGCAUCACUCUUAUUUCAUCCUUUUCUGUUUCCCAGUAUCUUCAAAAUAGUAGGUCCUGAUCAUUGUAUCCUGAAUACUUCCCCCCCUCCCAGACUUUGAGAUUGAUCAGACCUCACAUGGAAAAUUCAGAAAAUAUAUCUAAGCAAAGAAAGGAUGACAGUUCUUAGCUACUAACUGCAUGAAGCCACCUUCUCUUACAGAACUAGAAAGCUCAAUAAAAAUGUUUUGAAGGCAGUUGCCAUUGAAACAAACAGAGCACCUCCUUCCCCCAACUUUUAUUUUCAGGGUUUUUUUUGUAUGAAAAUAAGCAGAGUCUUCUAUUUCUUCAUGGGCAAAUUUAAAGAAAAUGGAACAAAGAUGUCUGUGUUCCUUCUCUCACUAUAUAAAUGGAACCAUUGGUACCUUUUUUUCAGAAUAUGUGUAAUACUAUGCAGUAUUAUUCCAGUCCAGAUCUAAGUGCUUGUUUACCUCUCUCUUUCCCCUCUCCACCCGGCUUCCCACCCCCUAUACGCAGGGUACGUCUCCUAGGAGCUUUGGAACACCAGGAUGUCAGAAAUGUUCUAGUCCAGGGGCACAUUUUUCUCAACACUUCCCUCACUGAGGCCUUUUGUAUGGCAAUUGUGGAAGCAGCAAGCUGUGGUUUACAGGUGGUGAGUACAAGAGUUGGCGGGAUUCCUGAAGUGCUUCCAGAAAGUCUCAUUAUUUUAUGUGAACCCUCCGUGAAAUCUUUGUGUGAUGGAUUAGAAAAAGCUAUUGCCCAGCUCAGAUCAGGAACGCUACCAUCUCCAGAAACUGUUCAUAAUAAAGUGAAGACAUUUUAUACAUGGAGGAACGUAGCAGAGAGAACUGAGAAAGUGUAUGACAGGGUUGCAGAUGAAAUGGUUUUACCAAUGGAUGAGCGACUUGACAGAUUAAUGUCUCACUGUGGCCCAGUGACUGGCUGUAUUUUUGCUCUUUUUGCUGUUCUGAACUUCCUUUUCUUGACGUUUCUGAGGUGGAUGACUCCAGAUAACAUUAUUGAUGUUGCCAUAGAUGCCACAGGACCUAAAAGCGCAUGGACUAAACAGUAUUUUUUGGGGAAAAAAGGAAGAGUUAAAGAACAACCUCCAGGCUCCAAAAAUGCUCAAAUGGAGAGGAAAGAACACAUCGGUCGCUAAAGGUUUUAAUGCUUGCUGAUAGAGACUUUACACUUAAAAUUCUUCAGUUUCUUUCUGAAGUUCUUGGAAAGAAACAUGGUCAAAAUGUGCUACCUCAAUUUAGGAUUAUGUUUUAAUUUAGUUCUGGAUUCGUGCAAAUUUAUGAACAUCUCUUUUGCACUUAAAGCUGGGAGGAGAACAUGGGGUUUUAUAUGUGUUAGAAGCCUUUGAAACAAAAAUCCAACAUUUUUCUCAACUACUUGAAUAUUACAGAAAGUGACUGUAAACUUUAGUGCCAUUUGGGAAAGCAAAUCACAAAAAUUAUUAGUUUACACUAGUCCCUGCUAAUUCCUGAUAUUUACAGUGAUUUUAAUUUUGAGUCGUAUUUAAAAAUACUUAACAAAAAACACAACAAAACUUGCCUUUUCUCUCCUAAAAUGAAAAUGGCACUUGAAAUUACUCGUGAAAUCCAUUACCAUGGAGACUUGGUUCUAGCAGUUGUGUCCCAGUGAGUGUUUUGCCUGCAUAACAUUAUUAUUUUGAAGUUCUUCCAUAGUCAAAAUUGGAUCAUUCUGUUGCUACAUCAAAACUCCUUAAUGAAUUUUUGAUAUUUUCAGAGGUGCUAAAUUUGUCCUGUUCACCUACAUGUGUGAGUGACGUAAAGCUUAUAGGGGUGUUUUGGUAUUUUUAAAGUACAUAGGGGAAGAAAUUAUAUUCUUUAGAGAUAAUAUAGCCUUCAGAAACAGCUCAGGCCUGAAAACUCCUCCAGCAGACUAUGCCAAAGUGUGAAGUCACACCUGUGUGUACACGUGUGAGAGAGAGAGAGAGAGAGAGUGAUCUGUGAAGGGCUUAACAAGCACCAUCUCUCUCUCUCUCUCUCUUUCUCUCCCCUCAUACCCCACAUCCCCAGACCUCCCCUUAUUUUUAUUUUUUUUUUCUUUUUAAAAUAUUUUUCCUUCCUCUUACUUAUGACCAAAAUGGCAUUUCUGUCCAUCUCUUGGAGGGACAGUGUUUAGUGCGCGAGAUUUCACCUAGACCACUGUCAGACAGGUUCUGCAAGUGAAAUCUUGGGAAGGUAUCUCUUAAAUGGAAGCAACCAAUAGAUAUGCUUUUCCUGGAGAAGAAAGGAAUGUGUGAUGUGUGAGUGGAAGCAUUUUUCUUAUUCAUGUUGACCACCUCUAAUCCCCCCCCCGCCUAAUGCACUGGUUUAAUUUCUUUUUCAAGCAUCACUGAACAUUAAAAUCUUACGAGUAUUAUGUAGUGUUGGACACUGUAUUAAUAUUAAAACUGUGCAAUAUGAAAAUACUGUUUUCAAACCCUUGAAGGGCAGUAUUUAAAAUACAAUUUCUGUCAAUAUCAUCUUGUUUGUGUAGAGAUGUAGUUGCCCUAACAGUGACAUUUUAUAAUUUCAUUGAACAUAUUUUCAUGAAACACAGAAAGGUAAUACGAAAUAAACGCCAUAUACAAAGUCUAUUUUCUUUUACUAGAAUUUUUAGCCUUUGAUAUGUAACAUACAAUAUGCAUUGUAUUACAAUUUGAAUUUUUCAAACUCUACAUUAAAAGUGGAGGUCAGCUGAAAUGGUGCCACGCAGAUCAUGGAUAAAUGAGUGGAGUUACAGUAACAUUUUACUUUUCAAAGUUUAUUUUUUUUAAAAAUAACAUUCAAGUUUAUAACAACUUUUUAAAAAUAGUGAUUACCAUUCCAGGGAAAUGUUAUAUAUAUAUAUGUAUUUUUAACACUGUUUUGUGGAUUCUGGUUUCUUUCUUUUUGGUUUCUUGCAUAAUCUACAAACACAAAUAAAAUUUUCAACAGGAGUGUGAGAAACUAUUUUAAAUACUUCUCUCUCUUCCUUUGUGGCACAUUGUGUACUCACGAAUAACAUAAUAAAACCUUGUUAUAAUUUUAUUUACAAGAAAAAUGUAUUGUUUAUGGAUAUUUUUCAUCAGUAUGUGGGAACGUGCAAUUAGAAAAUACAGAAAUACACUUCAUCCUGCUGCCUCCCAUCACUGGUGGUUGGGCUUCUUAUGAAAAAGCUGACGGUUCAAAAACAUUCUGCACAAGCUGCCACAAAAAUUUAAUCCAUAACCGGUUUAAUUGCAAAUACGUUGUUUCUCAGGUCAUGCAGCUUGUAUUGCACAUAACUCUUCACAGCACUGGUUCACCUGCCUGCCGUGAGCAGAGGUGUAAAGGAUGAUGUCAUGGAAUCAUUCACCGUUUUGAAAAGCAUCAGUGGGUGACAUAGAAAUGUUUAAAUAAAAUAAUCACAAUAAUAAAAAAAAAUGAGCAGAGCUAAUGAGUGUAUUUUAGGAAUAUGUAUUUAGAAAUGAAUUAAAUAACUAUUUUUAAAAAUCUAAAUUGUUAACAGUUGUACUUGCAGGUAACAUUUGAUCAUUGUGAAAUACUAAGGAAAUGGGGAGUGAUACCAACUGAGUAAUGCCUUGUAUAGAGCAGACCCUCCUGUGUGGAGGAGGAGGGAACACCCAAAAAGCUUCUAAACGGACGGUCACCCCCUUUCACAGGAGGGAACACUGAUCUCCAAUGAAAUUCCAUCCCACAGGCACAAGAAAAAAUUGUGUUUCCAAUAAAUUAUAUGCAGACACUGUGAAUUAAGGUGUGUUGACAAUUGAAAAUGGCGUGUUAAACCAGAACAAGUAUUGAGUAAGGUAUGAAUGUCAGAUUUGCCUUUCAGAUUAUGUUUUAGAGGGUGUGGAUAGAUCUGUAAGAAGGUAAAUACACUGUAAUGUACUUAUUUUUGUGGUCACGUUUUUCUGCAUCUUUUCAAAAUAAACUUAUUUUUCCCCUUU